UCUCUCACUUGCAUUUAUUUAAAAUAAAAACCUAUCGACUUUCAACACUGAACUAAUUUUAAAUAAUUUUGUAAGUAAAAUGUCAUUUAUCGGCGAUCUACGUCAUACACCUGCCGCCACGAAACCACCUGGGAUAGCCACCGCCAGCGGUGGCGCCGAUCCUAGGGUUGCUCUGCUCAACCUCUCCGCCGUGCGAGACCGGGUGGACUCCCUGCACAAGUUCCUCUACGACUCGGUUAACAGCAACACUCUUCUCGGCAAACACGAGACGGACAGGGUCUCAGCCGAGAUCACCGCCGCCAUCCACCAGAUUAUCGUCAACGGCGUUGCGCUUCUCGGCUCCACUCAGGCGGCGGACGGAACUGAUUCCAAAUGCUCUAACCUAACGUCAUCUAGUAAGCUCCUGUGUUCGGAAUCUGGUCUCCUUGCGCCGAAGGACCGUGCCGGCGAGGACUCACCGGAGGAGGAGGGCGUCGGCGGCGAGGAUUACGAGAUCAUCGAGCUGGACGCGGUGGAGCUGCUAGCGGAGCAUAUUCAUCUCUGCGAGAUUUGCGGAAAAGGAUUCAAGCGAGACGCGAAUCUCCGGAUGCACAUGCGAGCUCACGGGAACAAAUUCAAGACGCCGGAGGCAUUAGCGAAGCCGGAGAAAUGCUCCGAAUUUAGAUCGGGUCGACCCGCCCUCUUCUCCUGCCCGUUUCCAGGCUGUUCGCGCAACAAAUCGCACAACAAAUUCCGGCCCCUCAAGUCCGCAAUAUGCGUGAAGAAUCACUUCAAGAGAAGCCAUUGCCCCAAGAUGUACUCCUGUAACAGGUGCAACAAGAAGAGCUUCUCAGUAAUGGCGGAUUUGAAGAGCCAUAUGAAGCACUGCGGAAUAUCCAAGUGGAAAUGCUCGUGCCGAACCAGUUUUUCACGCAAGGAUAAACUGUUCAGCCACAUAGCCUUAUUCGAGGGCCACAUGCCUACAAUCGAGACUGAGGAAGCAAAGGAAGCGGCGGACAUGGACAUGGCGGCGCGUGAGGCAAAGGAGGGUAUAGCAAGCAAGGAUACAGGAAUGGCUGAGAAUUCUCAGUCAGAUAACAGUUUAUUUGACAGAUUGCUCGAUGAUUUCAGUUCGAUUGAGAAUUUCUGCUUCCAAGAUCCUUUGUUUUCUGCAUCUCCUGAUGCUAAUGUGAUGGAUGAUUUCUUUAGCUUUUGAUUUGCAAGAUCUCCAUUAAUAUGAAUCUUUUGUUAACUGUACAUAUUAAUUGGUUCUGUUAAUAAAAUAGUGUUCUUUUUCAGAUGAUAUCAA